UGUCUCGCCCUAUCCUCGUCCCUUAGGAAAGACGGGGUUUCAGCUGCGACCCGCCGCCGGGCUGCUGUCCGCCAGAGAUUUCCUGGCCAGCCUGGCGUUCCGCGUCUUCCAGUGCACUCAGUACGUCCGCCACUCGUCGUCCCCAAUGCAUUCGCCGGAACCCGACUGCUGCCACGAACUGCUCGGACACGUCCCGAUGCUGACUGACGUGGAAUUUGCCAAGUUUUCACAGGAGAUCGGGCUCGUCUCCCUGGGAGCCUCGGACGAGGACAUUGAGAAACUGGCCACCGUAAGUGCACCUGCGAAAAGAAACAUAAACAGA